AUGGAAGAGCUUUUUGAAACAAGCUUUGCUCAUCUGGAUUAUCGUUGCGUUGCACUGUACAACGCAAGCUGCUCUGCGGACUUUCGCUUGAAUUACAGCAAUUUGAUUCUGUUCCUGUUUAUAUCGGUGAUGUCUGUGCUCACAGUGUGUGGUAACAUGGUGGUGAUUGCUUCUAUUGCAGCUUUCAAGCAGCUCCACACACCAACUAACUUCAUCAUCUUCUCUCUGGCUGUGUCUGAUUUUCUGGUUGGAGCGUUUGUGAUGCCGAUGCAGAGUCUUAUGACUCUUGAUAUGUGUUUACAGCAAAUGAAAAGCCUCUGCCCCAUGUUUCACUUCAUCAGCUCCAUCGUCGGCUCUGUGUCUCUGUGCAACAUUGUCUUCGCAGCCAUAGAUCACUAUUUUGCCCUGUGGAAUCCUUUCCUGUACACGGCAAAAGUGACUAAGAAGACUAUGCAGAUAUGUAUAAGCUGUGGAUGGAUUGCUUCCAUCUUGUAUAACGUGGCUCUUUAUAUUGGUAACUCAAAGGGGGAAAGAAAGCUGGUUUGUGUCCUUCAGUGUGCAGUGCCAGGCAAUGAUACAUGGGGUCUUAUUGAUAUUGUUUUCAGCUUCACUCUGCCAUGUGCAGUAAUAAUAAGUCUGUAUCUUUUAAUUCUUAGAGUGGCUCUGCGACAUGCAAGAGCCAUUUCCACAAUGCAGAAAACGGUGUCUGAAAAAAGGAAAUCGUUUAGGAAUUCACAGCUGAAAGCGAGCAAAACAUUAGGGAUUGUGGUUUUGGUGUAUGUGGUGUGCUGGAUCCCUGGAUACACGACUCUUAUCAAUUUAGAAAAUCUUCCAGACCCCACUCUGAGCAUCACCUCCAUGUUAUGCCUUUUCUACAGUCAUUCCUGCAUGAAUCCCUUCAUUUAUGCAAUAUCAUACCCUUGGUUUAAAAAAUCCCUGAAGCUCUUUUUCACACUGCACAAGCUGGCAUGA